AUGAACAAAAAACGCGACACCGAGACGCCCAGCUCCACAACCACGCCCAUCACCACCUCAGCGCCCACCCCCCGCCCCCUCGACCACUGGAAGUUCCCCACCGUCAAAGCCACCAUCGGCCCCAACAAAGGCUCCCCGGGCGUCACCUACUACGGCGCCUACUUCUACCCCUACACGCCCCCCGGCGUCGACCCCGUCUUCGCCGUCGUCGGCGGCCGCGAAGCCAUCAUCGCGCGCCCGCACCCCACCCGCGGCAUCGAGAUCAUCCACUACUUCCACGACGACCUCUUCUUCCCCACGGAGGCGCUCUGCUCCGCCUGCUGGACGCGCUGCACACGCACGGGCGCGCCGCUCCUCGCCGUCGGCGGCGCCGCAGGCAUCAUCAAGAUCCUCAACAUCCGCACGGGCAAGGUGCAGCAAACACUCGUCGGCCACGGCGACGAGAUCAUGGAGAUCCUGGUCUCGCCCGUCGACCAGGACAUCCUGGCCUCCGCGUCGGCGGACUCCACAGUGCGGCUGUGGAACAUCGGCGCGCAGUACGAGCGCCAGCCGUGCGCGCUCAUAUGUGCGGGGGAGGGCCACCGCGAGACGAUACUCAGCAUCGCGUUCCACGCCUCGGGCCGCUACCUGCUGUCGGGGGGCAUGGACCACAUCGUGAAUCUGUGGGUGCUGCCGGCGGCGAUGCCGGCGGGGAGCGACGACCCGCUGGUGCUGCAUUACCCGCACUUUGCCACGAGCAUGGUGCACAGUAACUACAUUGACUGCCUGGCGUGGCACGGCGACGUGGUCCUGAGUAAGGCGGCGAAGGAGAGCCGCAUCGUGCUCUGGUCCAUCCAGGGGUUCACGAGCCGCGUGGACCCCGAUGCGUGGGGCGCGCCGCCGACCACGCAUGAGUUCCGCGAGACACGGAGCGUCUUCGGCGCGGGGUUUGAGCGGCUGGUGAUGUUUGAGUGCCGCGAUACGGAGCCGUUUUUCAUGCGCUUUGGGUUCUUUGGGGCGCGGGGGCUGCAUCCGGUGUUGGCGAUGGGGAGCACGCUGGGGAGGGUCAACAUGUGGGAUUUGUGUAGGACGGAGAUGUUUAGGAGGGAGAGUGGCAGGGGGAGGGAGGAGAGCGUGGGGAGUGCGGGGGGGGAGGUGCCGCUGGGGGUGAAGGUGAAGGUCGUGGAUGAUGUGUCGGAUCCGUUUGCGCUGGUGAGGCCGCAUCACUUUGUGGAUAUUCCGAAGGUGAGGAGCCCGGUGAGGCAUAUUGCGUUUAGUGUGGGCGGCGAGUAUAUGGUCAUGGUGGGGGAGCAGAGUAUGAUUACGGUGUGUAAGAGGUGGUAG